AUGGCUUUGCUACAGUUCAUGUGCUCCGUAACGCCACUCGCACGUGCUGUAAAGUCACGUUCCCUCAUCAUCUCCUUCUCCCGCACCGUCGUCACUGUCGCCUCCACUACCACCACCACCACUACCAAGACAAAGAUGUCGCCACCAGACUCCAACGUGCUUCUUGGCAUGUCGGAGGAACAGCUUCAACAGCUAGCUCUUGACUUCGGCCAGCAAAGUUAUAGAGGCAAGCAAUUGCAUCAUCUUCUCUACAAGCGAAGGGUCAAGGAAAUUCAAGAAUUCAGUCAGGUGCCUCUGGCAUUCAGAACCGAACUCCAAGAAGCUGGUUGGGUGGUUGGAAGGUCAUCUGUGCAUAGUUCUGUGGUUGCAGCUGAUGGCACUAUCAAGUUGCUGAUAAAAUUGGAAGAUAACCGACUGGUGGAAACUGUUGGCAUACCAGUAGCAGACGAUAAAGGUUCAGUUCGUCUUACAGCUUGUGUUUCAUCACAGGUGGGCUGCCCCUUACGCUGCUCAUUUUGUGCUACUGGCAAGGGAGGCUUCUCCAGGAACCUUAAGGGGCAUGAGAUUGUGGAACAGGUGUUAGCAAUAGAGGAGGUCUUCAACAAUCGGGUUACAAAUGUGGUAUUCAUGGGGAUGGGUGAGCCGAUGUUGAACUUGAAAGAAGUUCUUGCUGCUCACCGGUGCUUGAACAAGGAUGUGCAAAUAGGACAAAGGAUGAUGACCAUUUCCACUGUUGGAGUUCCAAACACUAUCAAGAAGCUGGCUUCCCACAAACUUCAAUCUACAUUGGCUCUUAGCCUUCAUGCUCCUAAUCAGAAACUGAGGGAAAAGAUUGUGCCAAGUGCCAAGGCGUACCCUCUGGAGGCAAUAAUGAAGGACUGCAGGGACUAUUUUCAUGAAACUAGUAGACGGGUAUCCUUUGAAUAUACACUCUUAGCCGGAGUAAAUGAUGAUGUGGAGCACGCAAAGGAACUUGCUGAAUUACUUCAUCAAUGGGGACCUGGAUAUCAUGUGAACCUGAUCCCAUUCAAUCCGAUAGAUGGCACAGAGUAUAAGCGUCCUUACAGGAAAGCGAUCAAUAUAUUUCAAUCUAUGUUGGAGUCGCGUAAAAUAACGGUUAGCGUACGUCAGACACGAGGUCUAGAUGCAAGCGCGGCUUGUGGGCAGCUACGAAAUGAGUUCCAGAAGAGUCCCUUGGUCACACCCUCCAUUGAUGACAUACAAGCUGAACCAGAACCAGAACCAGAGGCUGCAGUUGCUUGUUAACGAUAACACAUUUUCAGGAGGUUUUUGGUCCUCAUAACGUCAACGUUCAUGGCUCAUAUGAUUGGUCAAAGGGUUCGAACCACGCUACCCUGGCUUAGUCCGCUUAUGAACAAAAUAUGCAGGUUGGGCUAUAACUGUGCUGAAAUGGACUUGGGAUUGUGAUUAGUGAAGAUGCAAAGGGGAAGGAAAUCUGCAUGUGUUAUCAAGAUAUCAUUUGGUGUAAUAUUUUUACUAGUUUUGUUGCUUAGUUAUGUGUCUUUUUUGUUUCUUUUUAAUCUUUUUUUUUAUCACAUUUUGUCUUGUUAUUCCAAUUGAUGAUUUUUUUUAAACCUUUUUUAGUUAAUUUGUGUUUAGAUUUAGACGAAAAUAAUGUAAUUUAUAUGAUUGUGGGAGUAUGAAUA